UUGAUGAAUUCCUACGAGAUACAGAUAUCCAGGCGAAACUAAUGCGUCUGUUUGUGAGAGCGACACCUGUUCAACGGACGCGGCUCAAGCAAAUUUUUCAAAACGACAGAUCUGAACGCCCUCCACAGUUUGUGCGCGACCCGACGUUUCAACCCGCAUGGCAGUAUCUGGUGGCCGAGUCAAAACGGAACAUAUUGAUCAAACUCAUCAAGAACGCGCACGAGGCAGUCGAAUGUAAUCCAGAUGUUAUUUGGUCUCCAAAGCAAGCGAUAUUUCAACGUGGUACUAGAGAGGAACCUGCCAUUCAGUGCCUAGCACGAGGACUGGACACCAUCGACGGUAAUGCUCGCGGACUGGAAUGCGCUCACCGGUUUGCCUUGCUCUAUAUAAGGAUCGAACUGAAACUACGAGCGCGUGAGAGCGGGCCUUGGCCGCAGAAGGGUGCUGCUGCUGCACUCAACUCGAUGGCGGAAGAACUACACCACAUGUGUGUCAAACCAAGGCAACGAGUUCUGUCCUGGAAGAAACGUGCCCGAGCAUUCGAACAGAUAUGGAACUUGAGGCCGGGACUCCUUCUACUCCUGGGCAGCGAAACGAACAACGCCUUCGAGAAAGUCUUAUCAGAGCAAGAUGUAGAGGUCUACGUCAGAUGCAUCGAGGCCAACAUGCCUGACCUCUACACGAAGUGUGUACGACUGGAUGGCGCCGCACGACAGGCAUUUGAAGAAGGCCUUAAAGCAUACGGUGGAAACUCGAAAUUCCAGCAGUGGAGGGAUGCACAAAGGGAGGCGGUGACUACUGACCAGUCGAGGGCUCUGAACCUGCUUGCGCAAGCCGCAGCGCAGCGCCAAGACCCUCCCCGUGACAAGUAUGCUGGCGCAGAUGCAGACGUAGAUCUUGUCGGCUGGGUUGAUGUAACACUUCCUGAUCUUGGAACGCACGACUGUCAAACGCAGCUACCGCUCGUACAGGUCAGAAUUGAUAAGGAUGGCGUAGAGCGACAGACUUUUGCGGACUCUGCUGCUGAGCCAAAGCUCAAGCUUCUCAAGCAUGUGAUAUGCAACCUCAGAGUCUCCUCUUUCGGCGAAACCCUGCUGCUACGAGCUACUGAACCACAGCGACGCUGGAGUGCCGACGGCCAUAUUACAGCAGUGUGUCUGGAGCAUACAGCUAUGAGCAACGAAAGUGCUUCUCUCUUUCUAGACCGCGACAACCUGAUGUCCCUGUUGGGAUCAGCUGUGAAGCAUGGCUUGUUGGAGCGGCAGCUGGAGCAGCUAGAGUGGACAUACCGUGGGACUGGUGACGAAUUCGGUUCACCCGACUCUGACCAGUACAUCCGCGACAGCUUUGCUCUAUUGUGCUACAUCUGCCCACGGGAAGAGGCUCUAGAUCCGAAAUUUACCAUUAUUAUGGAACAGCUUCUGCCAGCUUUGCAGAGUAUGUUCCAAUACCUACAUUACCAGAGCGGAGUCUGCAUCGACGAUGAAUUGCGACACGACUUGAUUGAGACCUGGAUUGCGACAGUAAAAGCAUACAACUUCAGACCUUCGCCGGAUAUGCUCGAACUUCUCAAAGUUGGAGGACAGCUGCAUAAAAGUGGCGUACCGUCGUACCUCCAGUUAGCUUUGGCAAGAACGCAAAGUGUCAUCCUGCGAAGAAUAGAGCAGUACGUCGAAUCCGACGAAGUAAUAAAUCUGGCCAUCCGCACGUUUCCAUUGGAAGAUGUCCGUACGGCCUGCUUCAGGGGCCUUCUGUACCUUUCGCUGGCCGAAAACGCCAUACUUCGGAAUCAAUACUCGACUGCAAUGGAAUGGGUUGAUGCCAUCGAAUUGACCGUUGCACCCGCAGAGCAUCUCCAGAAAACCGCCUUAGUAUGGCACUUAUUGGAAGAGAAGUGGAUUGCCAUGGGCCGGAUAUACCGAUAUACAGCUCAGUUUGAGAAGGCCGAAGAGGCCUUACGGCCUUGUCUAAAUCGGCGUCGCCAAUCAUCCAUGACCAACGUACACCACAUUGUGCGACAGCUUGCGGACGUGUAUGUUGAGCUUCGGGAAUACGAACAGGCGAAGACUCUUUUGGACCACUACCUCGGCCAACUUCGCGAGCAAGGCAAGCAGAGCUCGCGGCCAUACAGCCGGCUGUUACUCUCCAAGGUUGAUGUGGACAUAGCAACUGGCGACCACAAAAAUGCGCAGGCUCUGCUAGACGAGAUAGACCAGGGGUUUGGAAGAAAACCACCGACUACUCAAACUGAACAGCUUGAUCACGUACGUGCAGUAAUCGCUUCAAUGCGCAUUGCAAUGUAUGGAAACAAAUGGGACCGAGUUCUGAGGCGCUCCAUGGAAGCUCUGCGCUUGGCGAAUACUUACUCGUCGUUCGCGGGAACCAACUACUACAAGGGUUACAUACUGAAACUCCGCACAACUGCCUAUCUUUCCUUGGCGCAUGCGGAUAUCGCUGCAGCAGAGGAUUGCGGGCUAGAGCCUCGAAAUUUCAUUACUGGCGUAGGGACGUAUGAUCUGGAGAAGGCGCAUUCGUCUUUGCAGGCGGCAUUCCAGAGCUGUGCACUCCCUAUCAACCGAAUUCUAUCUACGACUCCACCCUCGAACGGCGGUGUCUGACGUCGAUGCUAGCGAUCGCAGCGGCAGUCAGUAGCUGACUGGGAGUCGAUCGAGCCGAAUAGGGGCUCUGUCAAUGGUGUAG